CGGUCCAUUCAUCUCGAGCCAUCCACCCCCUCCUCCUCCUCCUCUCCCCUCCCUCGCUCGCUCUCGCGCCGGCCCGCCUUGGACGACCCUAAAACCCUUCUCGAAUCCUCCCGGCCUCCAAAACCUUAUUCAAAUCCGUUCUAAUCCGUUGAUUCGCUCCUGCCGAAUUUUUUGAAUCCUCCAACAAGGAUCGGAGGAAAAGGGAGGGCGGAAUCGAAGAGAGCAUGCGUCUCGCGCCGUGAUCCGAACUCCGUGGGAAUGGCAGGUGAUUCUGUAAGGGAAGUGCCACUUGAUGUUGAUACUGAUAUUAAUGUAGGAAAGGACACGGAGCUGAAUGGGAAUAACAUGUCACCUGCAGAUGAUAAAACAUCUCAGGAGCUGCCAGUUUUAUCCCCCACUAAGGAAUCCUUACUGGGUGAGGAUAAAGAAGUUACUGUUGGAUAUAAUGUUCAUGAUGUUGAGAAAAAGGAUAACGCUGAGCUUGAAGAGGAUCAUAAAGCAGUUGGAGGAGAUGAUAAGACACCUCAAGUUGGGAUGGUUUUCAAAUCUUAUGAUGAAGUUUCUAAUUUCUAUAAGCAAUAUGCUCUGCGUGUAGGCUUUGGAGUGGCUGUAAGAAAGUCUCAAUUUACAAAAUCUGGAGUAUGUAGAAGGUUGAUACUUGCAUGUUCCAGGGCAGGCCGUGGACGACAAGAUGCAUGCUACCAAGCUAGACAGACUGCAAAAACAAACUGCCAGGCGAUGAUUGUAUUGAAAUUAUGGGGUGAUGGGUUGCUUCAUUUGGCAGAAGCCAAUCUUGAGCAUAAUCAUCCAUUAAGCCCGUCAACAGCACGUUUCUUGAGCUGUUAUAAAAAAAUGACAGAUGCGAUGGUAGAAGGACCUAUUGCACAACCAAAUGGACAUCAGAACAUUCAGUCUGAGAACAGAAACUCUAAUGAGAUAGGGCGAUUGAAGCUUGCAGAAGGAGAUGAUGAAUCUAUUUGUCAUUUUUUUGCAGGCAUGCAGAACAAGAAUCCAAAUUUCUUUUAUUUAAUGGAUUUGGACAAGCAUGGUUAUUUGAGGAAUUUGUUUUGGUCUGAUGCCAGAUCUAGGGCAGCAUAUCAAUACUUUGGCGAUGUUGUUUCCUUUGAUACAACGUACUUAACUGAAAAAUAUGAUUUGCCUCUGGUUUUGUUCAUUGGUAUGAACCAUCAUGGACAACCGGUGCUGUUGGGAUGUGGUUUAGUUUCGGAUGAAACAAUUGAGACCUAUAUUUGGUUGUUUAAGGCAUUCCUAACAUGUAUGCUAGGGUGCUGUCCAAAUGCUAUAAUCACUGACCAUUGUAUGGCCAUUCAGGGUGCAGUUGCAGAGGUUUUUCCUGGAGUUAGACAUCGUUUUUGCAUGUUUCAUAUAAUGAAAAAGAUGCCAGAGGAAUUGAAGGGUUUUGCAGACUUCAAAGCAGUCAAGAAGGCAGUAAAAAAAGCAGCAUAUGACUCUUUAAGAGUCAAUGAGUUUGAAGAAGAAUGGAAAAAAAUAAUCGAGGGACAUGAACUUGAGGGUAAUGAAUGGCUUGACUCGUUAUAUGAAAAUCGGAACAUGUGGGUACCAGCUUAUCUUAAAGAUGCAUUUUGGGCAGGAAUGUCCAUUUCUCAACGCGGUGAGACUGUACCUGCAUUUUUUGAUGGGUGUCUAUAUCCAAGAACUUCCUUGAAGCAGUUUCUCAGUAAAUAUGAGAUGAUCUUACAAAGUAAGUACAAAAAGGAGGCACAAGCAGACUCAGAGUCAUUUCACAAGACCCCACUCACUAUAUCUAAAUUUUAUAUGGAAGAACAACUUUCCAAAUUGUACACUGUUAGCAUGUUUAGGAAAUUUCAGGAUGAGCUAAAAGCCACUAUGUAUUGUGAUGUUUCACCGAUAAAGGUUGAUGGAUCACUCAUUAUGUUUGAAGUCAGAGAGUGUUCAUAUAUGGAAGAUGGUAAAAGGACAGAGAAGAAGGAUCAUGAGGUUCUUUAUGAUGCAGAUAAAUUUCAGGUGCAAUGCAUUUGUGGAUCAUUUCAGUUUAGGGGCAUUUUAUGUAGACAUGCUCUAUCCGUUUUUAAGUUACAACAAGUGUUUGAGAUUCCAUCUCAUUACAUUCUUGAUCGUUGGAAAAAAGAUUAUAAGCGAUUACAUGCUCUUGCUCAUCCUUCACAUGACAUGCUAGCUGAUACUAUCAUGGAGCGCUAUGAUUAUCUCUCCAUGCGUUGCCUUCAUCUUGCUGAGCUAGGGUUCGUAUCUGAUGAUAGGUACCAGGUUGCAUUGAAGUUAAUAAGAGAGGUGGAGAAGUCUCUUUUCGAUAAUGGCUCGUGCAGAGACAGGCAACCUAUGCUGCUAUCUCUUGAAAGUCAGUCAAAUGAAAAUGUCCAAAAUCUUCUGGUACCCCGUCUGGGCAUAUCUGAGGGCAAUAAGAAUUCUAACUCUUCCCAUGUGAAGCGGAGAGGUCGGCCACCGAAAAAAGGGAGAGAACCUCAAGUAGAGUUGUUAGUUCGAUCAAGCAAGGAACAGGAUUUUCUAAGAUCAUCAUUAGUUGGCAAUGAAAGCAAUGUGCUCCAAUCUGCCCCACUUGCUUCGCAUCUUGAUGCUCAUAUAGGGACACAAGGAGGCAUUGAUCUAAUGGAAGAAGUUACCCCAGAUGACUUGUCAUUUGGCAGUCAUUUCAGCAUCCAUGUUAAUCACCAGCAUCAUAUGGGCAAUCAUACAAGACUGCAGUCAAGCAAUUUACUGCAGGGUCAGUAUGAUCAUCAAACAAUUGGAAAUCAGUCAAGGGUGCAGUGGAUUUAUCAACAGAUGUUACAGGACGAUCAGAUUGCAAAUGCACAUUCUGGCCGAAGGACUGGGUAGAAGAUGAGGAUGUAGGUUAUGAAAUGCAAACUCAGUAUGCGAGGGGUACCGAUUCUUGGUGCACAGUCCGGUACAGCAAACUAUGCAUGCACAUGCAAAGGCUUGGUAACAAUAUCUUUAUGGAACACUAUUAUCUUCUGGUAUGUUCCAGUAAUUCAUGGAGUAUACUACUUUUGGCAUCUAAUCUAAUAGACACAGGAAUACCAUAUUCUGAUAAAGUAGGCUGGUGAAAACAAAAAUUGAGGACAUAUUCUAGAAAUACAAGUAAUUGUUUCCUGAAUAUGUUACUGCCAAUUCUCUGUCAGCACUAAUAUUUUCCAUGGCCUUGAUCUGAAACUUUCCUACAUAUGCAUGCACAAUUUUCCUUUCCAACCAAAGUGUUUAUCACAAUUUAAAUUAAAGACCAAGUUCACAUGUUUGGCAGGUCUAAAGGCUGUGGAGGAAAAGAUGGGAACAUUCAACAAAGGUACUUAACAAUGAUUAAUAUGAAAACAUCGCACGGAUACUAGACCUGUCAUGCCUGCUCGCUGAUGGUGCUCAGCACCAGUAGUACACUUGACAUUGCCAGCUUACUGAUGUUGCUCAGCACCAUGGUUGACCUCUAGCUCCUGAGGAGUCUGAAUUGAACUUUGGAUAAUUUGGACACCAGUUGCCACUGGAAGAUAUAGCGGUAGAUAAUCUAACCAAGAUAAAAAUACAAGAUAGAGGCUGCAUUUUGCAAUUGAAAUAUUCGAUACGAACAGCAGCAGGAAGCAUUUGCAUAGAAAAUGCCUUUUUGUUUAUGGAAAUUCCUAUUUGUUGAUUUUGUUCAAUCAACCUUACCUUCCUUUUUUUCUCCAAAUAUGUUAACGAGCCUUCCUCUGAUUUUAGCUAGAAUUGUUUAUCAUCGUGUCUUUGAAAUAGUUUUUGUCAAUGUGCAUAUGGAUAUAUUUGUAUAUUUAAUUUCCUUUUUGUGGAGUAUUACUCAUGAAACGCUGUAUACUCUUU